AUGUUUUUAUCGCCAUGUCACUUUGGUUGUAUUAAUCAAACUAUAAUAAAUAAUAAUAAUAAUACUAUUUUAUAUUCAUCAUGUCGUUGUGCAAAAAAUAUAAUUGUUAGUGAAACAGCUUGUCGAUUUCGACAAAUACCUUGUAAGGUGAUAUUUGCGUUAACCUUGCUUGGUGCUACUCUCCUAGUCUUUUUCACAGCAUUUGUGCAAGUACCCAUGUUACAAGUGCUUCUAUAUAGUGUUCCAAUAUAUGAUCAGAAUAUGGCACUUGCUCUUCGACAAUGUAUUGUUCGAGUGUUAGGACAAACAAGUGGUCCUUUAUUAUUUGGUUAUGUUUUCGAUCAAGCAUGUUUAGUCUGGCUUACAGACUGUUAUGCUCGACGAACGUGUAAAGUGUAUGAUAAUCGUCGAAUGGGUUUAUCGAUGGCUUUAUCAGGUUUUUCUAUUCGUUUCAUGUCCGGCAUUGCUUGUGGUAUUGUUUACAUCAAGUGGAAAUCGCUACGACCUAAUCAAAUCGUAACGACUUCGAAUACUCAACAUACAUCUACCGAUGGUUCGAUAGAUCGUAAUCAACACCAUGAAAUAACUCGAUUUUAA